UUUUCCUACUGGAUUCCAAAAAGUAGCAGUAGCUCAACCUAACAGCGAGAAAAAGCUAAUGAAUGACGGCAAGCAAGCGCCAUCCUGUGGACCAAAAUGAACUGUACAACUCCAGGGGCAAAGGGUCUCGACCCGGCCGUGCUGAGAGAGCAGCUCUUCCAUCUGUGGAGCUGCUUGGAUCUGCAGACGCUACAUUUGGCAGCCCAGAAGGGGUUUUCAAACCUCCAAAAUGAUCCCCUGGAGGCCUUCCUAACAAUCCUGGAGAGCUGUCCGGGCAAACAGAAGGGCCGGAGCCACACCUUGGGGGCCCACAUCCUCAAGGAAUUCCAGAGCUGGCUGAAGGAACAUCCCCAGGUUACACUGAGUUCACUUCCACAGCAGCAAGCAACAGGCCUCCAGCAUCGGGCUCUUCAUCUUCUCACUGACACUCAGACCAGCUUUGUGGAGGGUCUCAUAAAUAUCUACCAGCUGACCACCCUGGAUCCCGCCACCCUGCGGCUGCACGUCAUGAGGCUGCUUUCCCUGAAAUGCUACAAAGAGGCAACAGUGCUGGGUGCAAAGCUAAACUUGCAGAACGAGCUGAAUAUGGAGGAGAUAUGCGUCCCGCUCAUCAUUCAGGGCAAGCGGGCCCUAGCAGAGAACUACAUCACGGGGCACGAUCAUCUUGAACGGCAGCUGGUGGCUCUGCUUGACUCCUGGUGCCAUCCCUGCUUCUCUGUGGAGGACAUGAUCAGAAAGCGCUUUCCCCAGCUUUCCGUGUCCAAACACUGCCUGAGUCAGAUCCAGCCCAAAAUGCUGAAGAAGCAAGUCUUGCGACUUGCGGAGAAGUUUAACAUUGAUCAAGGGCUGUGUCCAAACGCCCUGCACAAGAGGCGGCAGGACACGCUUCGAUUUCUUAUGUACAAGAGGUUUGUAGAGAACAGCAUGAGUGAUGAGAAUUGGGCCGACCACGUGGAGACGGUAGUGGCGGAUGACACAGAGCUCCAGAUCCAGCUGGUGGAGAUGUUGAUGAAGCACGGACUUGAAAAAUCGGCUCAGUGGUCCCUGAGAUACAACAUCCCCAAGCACAGGCUUCCCUUUGGGGUGUGGGACGCCCAGCAGAGUUUAGCGCCCGAGCUAAUACAUGCCAGCGAUUCUGUACAAAGCGAAGGGUGGACCCCGUCUGAGGAUCACUGUCAGAUGUUCUACCAGGUACCGCUCACCAAAGACAAGGUUCAACACGUGCACACGCUGGAAGCGCUUGAAGGUUGCCGCAACACUCUCCUCAAGGAGGGUGCCGUUGUCGGGGUGGACAUGGAGUGGCAGGCCAACUUUGGCUGUGUCUCAACCCAGCAUGUUGCCCUGAUACAGCUGGCUACUUUUGACACGGUGUUCCUGUUAGACCUGUGCGCUCAUGGAUUCUGUCAGCAUCCGGAGACCAUUAGCUUCAUCAGGAGUUUUUUCUCCGCACAAAACGUCCUGAAGCUGGGUAAGCAGCAAAACGUGCGAUCAUCUCUGCAGAUGUUUCUGGAGCCGUCUCUGGCGUCUUCUUCAGGCUACGGCAUGGCGGGAGAUCUCAAGUGUCUCAGGUCUACCUGGCCCCAGUUUGUAGAGGAGCCACUGAAAAUGGAGGGGGUGCUUGAUCUACUUAAUAUACACCUAAAGAUCCAGCGUGGUAAGAUCAAUUGCCAUUGGGAGAGGACUAUUGAGAGGAAAGGCCUCAGUCUUCUGGUGCUCCAGGUCCUGGGAAAGCCCCUGGACAAGACUGAGCAGAUGUCCAACUGGGAGAAGCGGCCGCUGCGUGUAAGCCAAAUCAGAUAUGCAGUGACGGAUGCCUACUGUUUGCUUGACGUCUACUCUGUUCUCUCGCGUAACCCCGCUGACUUUGGGCUGCCGGACGAUCUGCGCAGCGUCUCCGCUAGCCAGCAAGAGAGAACAAAGAAUGGUGAUGCAAAGCAGAAGAAUAAAAAGAACAAGCAGCAGAUGCAACCCACCGGCGGAAAAGAGGAAUGUCAGGGGGCUCAACGGGUCAGUCCCCCUUGCUCAGACACUGAGAAAGGCCUCCUGUGUGGCAAGAAGCCCCCUGAAGACUGCCCCCCUCCUCUCCCGCGCCCCCCACCUCUGCACCCCCAGCAGUUGCGGGUGGUGUGCGACAACAUGCUGCAAGGCCUCGGGAGGUACUUGCGCUGCCUUGGAGUCGACGUGGUCAUGUUGGAGAAUAACGACGACCACAGAGAGGCUGCAAAGUUAGCACAAGCCGAGGGCCGUGUCAUCCUCACAUGUGGACUUCCCUACCAGACUUUGCGGUCCCAGGUAGGCGAGGGCCGCUGUCUGUCCCUGAACUGCUCGGAGAAGGCCAGGGACCAGGCUGUGCGAGUGCUCAGACACUUCAAUGUGCAGCCUACGCCUGAUGAUGUAUUCAGUCGCUGCCAGGCUUGCAACAGUGACCAAUAUGUGGCCCUGCCCAGACAAGACAUGAUCAGGAUGCUAAAACAGAAAGGAUUUCUGCAAGAGAACGACGCUUCCCCCACAUCGCCAGAGGACGAGCCGCUCGAUGACAGCCUGGAACUCCCCAGGUACGCCCCUCAGUGUCACUGGGCCUCCCUGUCCGAGCUGGACCCGGUCACGCUGAGCUUUCCUGGAGGGGCGCCCAUACAGCUGCACACCGUGCCGCCCACCCUGGUGCCCAGGGUGCCGCACUACUACGUGUGCACCCGAUGCGGCAAGGUGUUCUGGGAGGGCUCCCAUUUUGGACGGGUUCUGUCCAUGUUCGAGGAGGUAUUGCACGUGACAGAAUGAACCGGUAACGGAUGUGACCACCGUUAUUAGUUCAUCAUAGGGUUAUAUUGUUAUGACAUGUUAUGACGACAUCAUAACCUUCCUUCAAACUGAUUUUAGUUAACUGUAAUUUAAUUACCCAGUGAAAGACACCAUCCAACUACAAGUGUUUUGUCAGUAUCAUUUUUUAAAUUGUCUUUUAUUUGACAAGCUGCGCAAAGGCAGUGAUAAAGCAGAACAGUAAAGUAAAAUCUAUGUUAAUAAAGUUAUGCUUUUCCUAUAAAGUUGUGAAUGACCUUCUGCUGUGCUCUGAAUCCAAAAAAACAAAAAGCUGAUCCAGAAAGCUGCGCAGGUGUAACAUGAAAGCAAAGCAUAAGCCAACACAUGCCCACCAAAUUCCCUCACAUUUCGUCUCCGGUCUCGUUUCCUCUCCUCCCAAAUCCUGCACGGGCUUUACCUUGAAGGUUUUAAGAGCUCCACAUUGGUUUCUUACACUUGUAAAGUCCAACUAGUCUUAACGCUUGGCAGAUGUCCACAGUAUGAUUUUGUGAUGUAAAAAGCCACAGUGGUUUCCCUGGGCAGUUCAUCACUGAUGUCAAUGUUGGGAAUCAAAAACAACUUUUUUCUGCGUCUGCCAACUUUCCAUUGAAAUGUCACUUGACUCCAUGUUACAAAUUGCGUAAUUUUCAACCUCAGAAUUGUGGCUUUUGUCGGGGGAUGUAAUGUUACACCAUGCACAAUACAAGUUAUCUGUCAGGACUUUCGGGGGUGAGGGUGAGGGGGGAUUGAACAUUGAUCUUAACAACGAAUCUGACAUGUUCUUAACACUGCUGACAAUGGUGGCUGGGAUUGUGGGAUCAGUACACUAUUCAAGAACUGGUCUUCAGACGCUUAUUGUGUCGCUUUCUGGGUCACGGUAAUACCUGAUAUCUAGUAGCUUCUACUUGUCUGAACUAAAGACUUGGAUUACCUGAUGAGUGGACUGACCCAAGGACUUGCCCAAGAUAGGACAUUUGUGGAACACUUGAAAUGAUUCUUUGCCUGGAGUAGGACCAAAUAGCUGUGGACCUCUUAAAACAAAAAGACUUGAAACUUGGAUCAAAACCUUGGCCUCGUUUGGGAUGUAUGCCAAAUAACCUGGGACUUUCUUGAGACAUGGUAAUGCAUUAUGUUUGAGACUUGCACCAAGAGGACUUUGGACUUUUUUGAGGACUUACUUACUACCUGAAGACUUAUAACCGGGCCAAAAACUUUGAACUUGCUUUGGGACAGGCAUUUGGGACCUGAAUUAUACCACAUUAUUCAGAAUUUAUUCAGAUACAAAUAAUUGACUGAUGACAUGCCGGAUAUUAGGUCCAUAAGACGCCUGGACUUUGGAUUCCUGAUGCAGUUUUAACGUGUCUGUGUUUUUAUGUCUUUUUUAGGACUUGCGCUACUUGGACUUUUGAACUCGACACAUGAGAAGACUUCAGAAUUUCUAGGCCUGGGGCAAUUUUUUGGGACUAAGGAAUUGAGGCUAUCUGGAGCCUAAAGACCAAAUCACUAACUAAUUCGGACUACCUUUGAGUCAGCAACUUAGGACCUGAAAAACACCAAAUAAUUGGGACUUUCUUGAGAAUUUUUGUUUUUUAAAAAUGACCUACGGACAUCCAGAUAUUUAGUCCAGAUGACCUUCGACUUGCUUGACACCCGGAACAAAUGACUUCAGACUUUUUGAGACAAUUCUGGUGACCGUGGACUUUCUGGAGACUAAAGACCAAACCACUGAAUACUUCUGAUUUGCUGUGGUGCAGUGAUUUGGGACGUGAUUGAGUACAAGUAAUUGGGACUUUCUUGAGACUUGACCAUGUUGACAUGAGGACAUAUCAGAGAUUUAGGCUGAAUCCCAAUUCUACCUCUUAGCCCUUCCCUUUCAUUUUACCCCUUAAAACCAAGGGCCAAGGGGAAGAAGCCACUAAGAAAUGGGACACCACUUGAUUCUCAUUACACCACCCUUCACAUCUUGCUGGCUGUGACAUAAUACAUGUUCAUCAUACAUGUUUCCUUCCAUAAAGUAAGGUGCAUACAUUUCUACAUUACUUCAAUGUUAUAUAGUCAACCUAAAGACACCUUUUUUUCAAUAAAAGGCACACAUUUUUACAAACUGUGACGUUUAUUGCACAACACCAAACAACUCUAAUAAAUAACAGCCUACAAACAGCACUGUGAAAUUUUUAAAAUUAGAAAUGUUUCAAAUAUAGAUGAGAUAUAGUGAUAACGAUACAACAAACUUUAUCAACAAAUGUAUAAACAUUAUCAAGCAUCAUUUCAAGGUUUAAAAACCUUGUUUUGGCCUCGCUCUCCUCAUCUCCCUCUAAUUGUUUUGUAAGAAAGUCCAGAAUUGCAUUUUGUUGUAUUUGUCUUUUCCACACUGGGACUGCAGCUUUUGAAUGGAACUGAAGUGCUGUGUGGUGUAGCAGGGGGCUGACUUCACUUGGCUCAGCAUCUCCUGCAGGAAUGACACAUACAGUAUGCACGAUUGAUGGGCUACAACUAUUAACUCAUUGGAAAUACAGUAAUAAUAGUACUAGUAUAGUAUAGUAAUAGCAUGCCAAAAACAAAUAUAGAGUGAUGGUAAAAAAAAAAUUGAUGGGACAAGGAUAAAUUCCAAAAGUUAUUUGAUAAUGUGGUGUGCUGUCCGCAUAUGGCUAUGCUGUUUACAUCUUCUAUUUAGCUCACUUCCUGACCAUGCAUACUGUAUGGUGAAUACAACAAACAUAUCUCACCAAGACAAUUGUUGGUGGAAUACGGUGGCUAUAAUUCACAGCAAACAGACUUCACUACAGUGUGCUGCGUUAUAUGAAUGAUUACAUUAGGAAACCCCAACGUCACUGUAUGUUCUGGAGCGGGGAAGCCACACACCGUGGCCGACAAAGGGGGCGCUUUAGUCGAACACAAACAUGGCACUCUCUCGGCCAGUUCAGUAAUGUAGAUUCCCCUCGCUAGCGAGCGAUUUUAAAAUACAACUUUGAAUAAACAGGCUAAUGUGGUCGCUAUCUCUAUCAAGUCAUUGUCUAACCAUUUAUGAAAUGCAGUAGAUUGCAGUGCAGUUAGACAGCGGUGCGAGCCGGCUAGUUAUAGCUAGCGAAAACCAACAAUUGAAAACAUGGCAAAUAUUUACGCGGAGUAGCAAAUGAUUGACUAUAUAAUAAAACAAGAGUGACGUUACUGUGAAAUGUAAUUAUGCGUAAUUACUUACAAGUAUGUGUUUCUUUCCGUCUUCGCACUUCCGUCUUCUCAGCAGGUGUUGUAGCUGCGCCCUCCCCUUUGUUUCAAGUGUGGUCGGCUACCAUACUCGUUUUCAAGGUGUAUAUACCCCUUAGCACUUACCCCUCGGUUUAAGGAGAAUUGGGACACCACUUGAUUCUCAUGAAUGCGCAAAACCUAGGGUUAGGGGGUAAGACGAGGGGUAAGGAGUAGAAUUGGGAAUUCAGCCUUAGUCCAGCUGACUUUGUACUUUCCUGAGUCUUAAAGCAUGAAGGAUUUGGUGUGCAUUUUCUAAAGUAUUGAAUGUGAUGUCUUUUUGAGACUUUGGAUUUGCUCGACACUCACAACAAAUGACUUUUUGAGGCAAUUUCUUGGGACCGAGGACUUUCUGGAGACUAAAGACCAAAUCACUGAAUUCUUCUGAUUUGCUUUGGGGCGGUGUUUUUGGGACGUGAUUUAGACCAAGUCAUUGGGACUUUCUUGAGACUUGACCAGUUGACAUGAGGACAUGCCAGAUAUUUAGUCCAUCUGACUUUGGACUUCCUGGAGUCUGGAAGCAUGAAGGAUUUGCGGUCCGUUUUUUUAAUGUAUUGAAUGUGUUUUUAUGUCUUUUUGAGUGGAUUUGCUUGACACUCGAAACAAAUGACUUCAGACUUUUUAAGGAAAUUUCUUGGGACCAAGGACCAAAGCCGAAAGACCAAAUAACUAAGUACUUCUGACUUGCUUUGGGGCAGUGAUUUACGACUUGAAUUACACCAAAUAAUUGGGACUUUCUUGAUCUUUCUUGGGCUAAACUUUGAUUGGUGCUGUUCAGUAUUGCUAUGGAGAAUCAGUAAAUUAAUUUCCACACAGUCACAAGACAAAAUUAUGUUCUUUUUAGUUUUAAUUCUACUGCAUUUCCCAACUAAUAACGUUGUGAUUCCAAGGUUUAGGCUAAUGAUCAUGGCUUCCCAGACUUUUUUUUUUGUAGUUUAGGACCCAAAUGAGAGCUUUCAUUCAUCCCUAGUACCCAAUCAUACUAAAGUACCAUGCCAUUCCUAUACUGUAACCACUUUUCUGUAAAGGGCCUAUUUUCUUCUGCCCUUUUUCUACUAAAAGCAAAUCUGAAUCAUGUUUUUCCAAUUAUGGUGCAGAUAGUUGACACCCUAUAGCUCCGAAAAAGGCACUUCUUUAUGUGGACGAGCUUGGUCCGGGUGGUCGCAGCCUUCAUCCACGCCUUUCCAUGCCUCUAAAGUGAACCGCAGCCUCUUGCUGACUUUUUCAAGUUUGUGUCCUGAUAGUGAAACCUCUCUGCCUCUGCGGCCGCUCUGCCGCUCCUCCACUGACUGAGCAGCAUCGCUGCUGCGACGCCAUGUUAUUUGAUCCUUGCUCUUUCUUUGCUGGGAAGAAAAGCUCGCCUCUUUCCCACGCUCCGAGGACACGUGGUGUCCGGAAUGAAUUGGAUGCAGAAGGCCCUCCCUCCCCGGUACCACGUCACCGCCUCUCUCUCUCUCUCUCUCUCUCUCUCUUACUACACACACACACUUUUCCAGCAGGAAUGCGAGCAUUGUCAAUGAGAUUUUUUUUUUUUUUUAUAACUGGACAUUUUUACGUGCAUUUUCCUCUACGAGUUUUCCUGAAUGCACACCCUCUCCCGGGACCUCCUACUGUCUGUCCCGGCGCCAAAGCUCGGCCUUGUGCACCGAUCGGCCGUCCGGCGCUGCGUUUACAACACGUCACCUCCACUCCGGGCUCUUUGUUCAUGCACUGGGGGGGGGGGGGGAGCAUGUCUUGUUUAUCAACACAAUGCGAUAGGAUGGAGAUAGAGCUCCACAAAUACAACUCAUUUACACUACAGUAUGCGUGACCAUUCUAAAAGUUUACUUCUUCUUUAAUUGCUCCAAUAAUGGUGAUAAUAACCAAUCCGUCUUCCAACUGUAUUGUUUCUCUGGCUUUGGUCGCCUCCCAGAGAAUUAUUUCAAACAAUUAAGCGCAAGAAAUGCCGAAACAUUUUGCUCCUGUGGUCUGUUUCCUAAGUGCCCAGACGCACUCAAGCCAAAGUUUUGAUCACGGACAGAUGUUCUUGAUUUAACGCAACUUCAACACCGCUCAUCGAGAGAGAGCGAAAGAGAGAGAGAGAGAGAGAGAGAGAGAGAGAGUGAAAAACACACACAUAAACGCAUGUAGAUCCAAAUCCCAGUGACACACAACCCAUGAGCCGCAUUCCAACUACAAAGCGUGGCGCUCUCGCAGGUCAGCGACGACGGCAGAAAAAACCCCAACACACAUCUGUUUCUGAACACGCGACAUAAAAAGAUCUCGCCGCAUUGGUCGGAAUGAGUCAGAGCUUUGUUUCUCCCACCUUUUUGCAGCUGUGGGAACAAACAGACAGUAAGUCAGCCUGCAAACACCUGCACGCGCACCUAAAUGAUGAAUCACAUCCACACUUUGAAACCUCAGCAAAUUUUUCCCCGCGAGGGCCAAAGUGAAAAAUGAAAGGAUGGAAGCGCCACUUAAACACAUGUGACGUUAUAUACUGUAUAUUUCAAGAAAAACGUGUCGCUCUGCUUUGUGAUCAACUGUAGGUGAAAAAGCCCAUUAUUAGUAUCAACGUCUCUCUUUUUUCCCCCAUUUUUACUGAUGUUUUUUUCAUUUUUCAAAUAUUUCAACUUUCUUCUUGAAGAACCUUUCUAAAAAAUUAUUUUUUUUUACUUUAUUUCCGUAUUAUAAUUUUUUUUUCAACAAACUACAACUUUAUUUUGUUUUGUAACGCAUAUGUACGACUUUUCAAAAAUAAGUUUUUUUUUCUUUUUCCAUUUCUGCUGUUAUUCUUUUAAACUUUCCAACUAUUUCAUUUUUCUUCUCGUAAUUAUGAUUGUAUGGGCAUAAUAUUUUGACUUUAUUCCCAUAUUAUAACUUUUUCCGCAACCUAAUUUUGCUUUAUUCGUUGUUUUGUUUCUCAUAAUAUUACGACUUUAAAAGGCACAGUAGUCCUGUUUUUCUAUAAUAUUUGAACUUUAUGCUACUACAAUUAUUUUUUCCUCAUAAUAUUACGAUGUUAUUCUCGUAAAAGUAUGACUUUCUCUCGUAAUAUUUUGAUUUUAUUCUUGUAAAAUUACUACUCCUAAUUUCCAUUUUUGCUGUGUUUUUUUUCAAAUUUUUAAUUUAAUCGUAUUUUUACAAUGUGCCGAGCACCAAUAAAAAAAUGUUCUUUUAAGUCAGGAGCCGGACUUUGGACGCCCCUGGUGCUGAAGAACGUCCUAAUAUCACGCAAACAAAGUUGAAACAUCAGGUGGUAUAUUUCAAUGCUCUCAAUAUUGGGACUUUCUUUUUCAUAUGUUGGCUUUUCCCGCUAAAGUAUACUUUUUUUUUAAUGCUACGCCUGUUUUUUGUGAUAAUUUGACUUGACCUUGUGGCAAAAUUACGACUUCCAAACAUUUUGACUCCAUUCUCCGACUCAUGCUAAGUCGCAACAUUUUUUGUUUUUGACGUGCCUUUUAUGAGAGAGAAUUGGGAAAGUUAUGUGCAAAAAUCAUACUCACACAUUCUCGGAUUUGAGCUUCUUUAUUAAAAAAUACGACUUUACUUCAAUUUUGACUAUGUAUCAAGAAAUAAAAAAAAACCACCUCUCGUUUUCAAACGUACAUUUGGAAUGCUUCAUGAGAAAGAUGUUCUUGUAAAAUAUGACCUUUUUUCAAAAUAUUGGACUUUUAUUUACUUAAUUUAUACUUAAUGUAUUUAGGUGACGUAGGUCGUUACUUCAGCCACAGGAUUCCAAUCUAAAUCUUAACAUUAAAACAUGAAACUUUCCAACAAAACAUCAAAAAUGCUCUCUGCUGUUCUAAAUUCCACUGAAUGUUGGAAUUAAUUCUAAGAAUGAGGGGAAAAAAGUGUAAUUUUGUGAGGUAAAUAUUUCUGCUUAUUACACGUAAUAUAUUUACCAUACAUGUUUGUACAAUUACACCUUUUUAUCGCUCCAAAUUUGGACCUAAUUGUGAAUAUUUCAACUCUUAUCUUAAUGGAUGCUAACUCUAAAUAUUCAAAAUGCAAUGUUGCAAUCUAUACGUUUAUGAUCAUCAUACCAGGGCCUUUUCAUAACGACUUCUUGCAAAAAUAUAACUUUUUUUUUUGUAUUCUCACAAUGUUAUUUCACUUCCUCGUGAUAAUUUGGCUUUAUUUUAGUUCACUUACAACUUUAUUAAUGUAGUCCAGCCCAGUACCAGGCCCCAACCAACCCUUCUGCUAGCUUGACGUUGAUGUUGUCCUCUAAUUUUGAAUCAACAUUUGAAAUAAAAGUGACUGUUGUAAUUAUUUUGCUUCCCAACGCUCCCCUCUCUCUUUUCAAUUGCCGUUGUUCACUCACGACACGAUUGAACACAUAAAAAGUAUAGCUACUCACCACUAAUGAAUGAUAAUGUAAGGGUCACAGUGUAGCUUUUAUCCUGGUUGUCAGGCUGGCACUAGGGGCUAGCAGGCUGGAGAAUAUGCUGCAUAUGAUCACUGACUAAAAUACAAGUAUGAAUGCUAACCAAACUUUUUUUUUAGUAGUACCAGACAACAUGUGAACACAUGCUUACCUAUAGCGGUUAUGAGAAUAAAUCCUCUGUGUGCUUUUUAUGAGUGGUUUCGGAAGUAGGUAAAAUUAGCUUGAGACGUUGAGCCGCAAAUGUGCGCCAAAUGUGCAGUUAAGGCGACUGUGGGAACAAAACUAGUCAUGCGAAACCAAACGGAGCAAACGGCCCACAUACACCUUGUGCGGUUUGCGCUCAUUUCCUCCUUCGACGCCACUCCAUACGUUUGUUGCACUUCAGCAAUAUUCUCUCACCACCUCUCUCUCGCUCUCUCUCUCUCUCUCUCUCUCUCUCUCUUACACACACACCCAGGAGCUUCGGCGCCGGGUUCCCACGGUGGUGGUGGGGGCGAUCUCGCGGCGUGUCAAUCGGCGCACAGCGUCACCUCUUUUCACUGGCAAAAGAGGAAGUAGUGCGGGGCCUUUUGUUAUGUCAAGUCCCACACAGUCUCGCCAUUCCAAAACAACUGCAAUAUAUCCGCACUUUAUGAUUUAAGAAGCGGCCUCUAAAUCUCCUCCUGUUCUUGUUGUCGUUAAGGAGACCACACACUUCCGGGCUGCUUUUGUGGGGCACCGUUUGCUUCGCAUAAAGAACUCACACACGUUAGGCUACGCAGGCUUAAGCCCCCAAUAACUACACGUUUUAAAACGUUUUAUGGCGUUAAAUCAUUGAAUGGAAAUAUUGAAUGUGAGGAUAUUACUUAAGGGAGUUGGAUGUUUUUGUCAGUGGAAAAUGCAAUCUUACUAGUAUACAAACAGCACCUAAACGGCUCAUCUUUAAUUGCGCGGAAAAACUAUACUUCCGGGUUGCAUUCGCGUGAGCAUUUGUCACACCGUUUGCGCGCACACGUAAGGUUACGGAACCUGCGUAUGCACAUGUUAAAACCACAACGAAGACAUUCAUUAUGUAGCGUUAAACCACUGACUAUAUUAGUUAAAAAAUACGACGUUAGCUUGGACGUUUUUGUGGUUAGAACAAGUAAAGAGGCUAGCAUACAACAGCACCUAAACACGUCAUCAUUUUGUGGGAAUACUAGACAGCGGCAUCCUUUUAAACGUACAUAAACGUUUUUAUUCAUAUUAUUCUAACCCCUCCUUUUUCGUUUAAUAGACAGAUACAUUUAGCCAGACCUUUUUUAAUGUAAUUAUUUAUUGUAUUAUGAUGGAUUGCUCGAUAGAAAUACACUAUACCAUACUUAGAGGUGUUUCUAGUAGUUUACCAUACAUGGAGAAGGUAACCAGAAUAUUAGAAACAUCUCUCAGCAUACUGUUGUGCACGAGUGUUGCAAGUGCGGCUUGUUUUUUAUUGAUACGCAGCACAUUUGUAGGGAGAAAAUUAAACAACAAUCAUGUAAAUCCAAUUAAUCCAUUCUAGACACCCCAAAGUAUGAACAAAAAAUACAUUUUAUAGAGAACAAUUACAAUUUUACAUGUAGAAAACUGUGGAAUAAUUAUAAAUGGGGAAUGGAUGGAACUAAUUGUUGAGUCGGAUCUCCCGUACAUCCUGGCAAGAUGGAGUUCAGUAGUGUUUCUCACCUUCUUUAUCAAAUUGAUGCCACUCGCAACUUUCUUUGGCCCCAUGUCGGGUUAUUUAGCAGUUGCACCCCAUAAAGAAAUGUCAGCAAUUAGGGUGCUUGGUUUGGGAACUCCAUUCUGCAGCACGAUAGAGUACAGGGUAAACAGACUAGUUUGUUACGUGCAAUAUUGUACCCUUGGUGUCCAAAGGGUGGCACGGGGGGCGUUAGCGGCCCGCAGCUUGUUUUUUAUUGGCCCGUGGCACAUUGUCAAAAUAAAAUUAAAACAAAGAAGCCAGCAAAAAUGACCAAAAAUAAAGCAAAAAGGCAAAAUGUAAAGAGAGGAAGCUGAAAUGUUGAUACUAAAAACUAAUAAUAAUAAAAUGGCCCACGCAUCCUUGGAUUUUCAGUAUGCGGGCCUCAAUGGAAAAAGUUUGGACACCCCUGUACGAAAAUCCAAACAGUUUACAAAAAGUGAGGCAAAAUUUAUGACAAACUGGAAUCCUAUGGAAGUUAUAUAUAUUUAAAAAUAAGAAAUACAAAAAUAUUUUAAAAGAGUGUUUAAAAUAAAAAUGUAACACUAUAUAUAUAUAUAUAUAUAUAUAUAUAUAUAUUUGCAAAAUCUAAAAAAAAUAUAUUUAAAAAAUAAUAUCACCAUGGCCCCCCGCAUGUGGCCCCUCAGUGGAAAAAGUUUGGACAUCCCUGCUGUCCAAAAACCGAGACUGUUUACAAAAACUGAGACAAAAAUGAGACAAAAUUCAUGACAAAAAUUGAAUCCUAUGGAGAAAUAUAUAACCUGUAUUUUUUUUAAAAUAAAAAUUAUUUUAAAAUUGUGUUUUUUAACCUUUUUCAAAAUAAAUUAAAAAAAAUAUAUAAAUAUAUUUUAAAAAUAUUGAAAAAAUAUCAAAAGUGGCCCCUGCAUGCGGCCCUCGAUGGAAAAAGUUUGGACAUCACUGCCGUAGUCCAUCUAUGACAAUAAAAGUAAUAAUACAUUCCUAUGAUUCAUAUGCAGUUUUACACCAAUAGAAUAAACAUAUCCAAUAUUUCUGUGCUUUAAUAUAACUCAAACUAUUAGGUGCCCCCCCCCCUUUUUUUUUUU